CGCAGGGAAAGGCGCGCUCAGCCUGCGUCUGCUGCCUGCCCUGCUCCCCUCAUCCCUCCCUUUCUCCUCUUCCCUUCCGAUCCCUCCCAGCCAGCGCGUAAUUGAGACGAAGGCAGGACCAGGUUCCCCGCCUUCCAGUCCGAAAAUCCCGCCAAGGGAACCGCAGAGCAGGAGGACCAGCCAAAGUGGAGAGAGGGGGAGAAAGGGACUGCCGGUGAAUCACAAUCCAGGAGAGCGGGCGCAGCCGCCGCAGCUCCAUCAGCCAGCAGCUACUCGCGUACCUGGACCCGGAGACGCAAACCUUGUCCCUUGGCCACCAAGGCAGCCCGUGCGCAACGACCACCUUUGCAACUCCAAAAUGCAGUACCAACAGUACCAACAGCAGCGUCGGAAAUUUGCAGUUGCCUUUUUGGCAUUCAUUUUCAUUUUGGCAGUUGUGGACACAGCAGAGGCAGGGAAAAAAGAGAAACCAGAGAAGAAAGUGAAGAAGUCUGAUUGUGGCGAAUGGCAGUGGAGUGUAUGUGUGCCUACCAGUGGAGAUUGUGGACUGGGCACUCGAGAGGGUACCCGUACUGGAGCUGAGUGCAAGCAAACCAUGAAGACUCAGAGAUGUAAGAUCCCAUGCAACUGGAAAAAGCAGUUUGGAGCGGAGUGCAAAUACCAGUUCCAGGCCUGGGGAGAAUGUGAUCUGAAUACCGCCUUGAAGACCAGAACUGGGAAUCUGAAGCGAGCUCUCCACAAUGCCGACUGCCAGAAGACAGUUACUAUCUCCAAGCCGUGUGGCAAGAUGACUAAGCCCAAACCUCAAGAAUCCAAGAAGAAGAAAAAGGAAGGCAAGAAACAGGAGAAAAUGCUGGACUAAAAGAUUCCAUCUUCUGUGGAACAGGAAAGGACAUCAGUUAACCAUUGCAUUUAUACCUACUGUAGGCUUUUUAUUCAAAAUUAUCAGUAGUUUAAGUACAUAAUAGGCAGAAACAAAUAAAGUUUUUUUUGUAGUAGCAUUUUUUUUAAAUGUAUACCAUAGUACCAGUAGGGUCUUAUAAUAAAGGACUGUAAUCCUAUCUAGAAUGUUGACUUAUAGUACAUGAUAAAUGAUAGAAAAUUGAGGUAAGUUUUUUAAAGUUAUGUGAUAUUUUACAUUUAAAAUCUUUUUUUUUCUACAUUUCUUUCUUUGGCAGCAAUUUAAAUGUUAUGACUAUGUAAACUACUUCUCUUGUUACGUAAUUUUUUUCACCUACACUUUUUUUUCCAAUUGAAAAAUAUCUACUAAACAAAUCAGCAAUAAAAUAUAAUCAUCUUAUUUGAGGAAAAUGUUCUUUACUGUCAAUAGAUUUUUAAAAAUUGGUCAAUAAAAUGGGCAGAGGUUGAGCAAACCUUCCUUAACUGUUGACAUUUUUAAGAAAAGGAUUAAAAAUUGGAAUUAUUUUACUUUGACAGAAGAAUUUGUUUUCUUGAUAAAAUUAUUUUUCCAUCUGAGAAUAAAACACAAUAGGAAAAUAAAUCAUGGUGAUGCUGAAAAAAUAA